GGGGAAAAAAAGAAAAAAAAAACGGGGAGAGGGAAGAAAAUAAUAACCAAGAGAGGGAGCAGGAAACACCGCAACCCCUCCGUCCGUUUACCCGUCUCCCCGUCAGUCAUCUUGGUUGUUUUUUUUCUCCCUUUAAAGCCCGAGAACCCGUUUAUUUUUCUCCCUUUUGCGGACUAACAUGGACAGAGAGGAGGACUGACUUCCAGUGAACCUCUCCUCUGUGACUGAUAGGGAGGGAAAAGGCGGCGGACGGGGAAGACAUGUUGAGGGGCUCUUCGUCUUGAGGUCGCGGUAAGGCUGCUGUCGGUGCUCCGCUCUCUCAACACUCCGGUAAGAGGAGAAGGAGGAGGAGGCGGAUAAAAAAAAACAAAACAAAUGGAAAGUGUUCCGAGCAGCCAGUUGGUGUGUUUAAUUGGUUUAGUUAUGGUCUGAAAUAAGGCAGGCCUCUGAGGCAGUUUAUAGACGGAGAGCAGAGAGAAGCUAUACCUGCUUAGCUUCGCAUCUAACUGCUUUUAUUUUAGUACGUUUUCUCCAUUUUUGGAUUUAAAAAAAACAGACUAUUGUUUAUUCGUUGCUAUAUUCGUUUGCGGACACACCAACUCUUUUAGGGUUUUUUUUAACAAAACGUGCUCUUUUUUUAAGACGUUUUUUUAUACAUAUAUAAUCACCGUUAGGUUUAAAGCGCGGAGGUGAAUUAGCUUCGUUUUAGUUUAGAAAGAAACAAAGGAGGAUUUUUUAAAUGUUAAUGUCGACCGACGUUGCUUCCAUUAUGCUGCCUGUGUCCCGGGCCCUGAUGGACCGGGACAGGGAGCUGGACGCCAUGGCCGGGGUGCACGCCAACCCGGCCGGUGUCGCUGGAGCCGUGCGGGGCAUGAAGCGCGGAGACCCGGAGCCCGACGGACAGACAGCCGCUGCUAUGGUGGACACCACCGGGGCGGAAUGCAAGCGUCCCCGGAUGGACGGCUCAGGGGGGAUCGGUGAGGUUGGACAGAACAACGAUCCUUUGACCCUGGGCUAUCAUGGAUAUCCGUCUCACGGUCAGGGCUCUCAGGAUAGUGCUGGCGGUCAGGAGGGACUCGUACCCCCACCCUUCUCCGCUUUCCCGCCUCCCCCGCCUCCGCCUCCUCAGAACGGCCUGGCUUUGGAUUACGGGGGCAGCCUGUAUGCAGCAGGUGCCGUGCAGGGCCCAGUGGAAGCCGUUGGAGCAGGGAACAGCGCAACCAACGCCGCCAACAGCCUCAGCGGCCAGUCUGAUGGCUCCGCUCAGAUUGACGGGCAGUCUGGAGUUGGUUCAGGUGGAGGGGGUGGCGGCGGGGGCCCUGGGGACGAUUCAGACGCCAAAGGGACGCCCAAACGUCUCCAUGUAUCUAACAUCCCCUUCCGAUUUCGGGACCCAGACCUACGGCAGAUGUUUGGCCAAUUUGGCAAAAUCCUUGACGUUGAGAUCAUUUUCAACGAGAGGGGCUCCAAGGGCUUCGGUUUUGUUACGUUUGAGUCCAGCGCAGAUGCGGAGCGGGCCAGGGAGAAGCUCCAUGGCACGUUGGUGGAAGGACGUAAAAUCGAGGUUAAUAAUGCCACAGCCAGAGUGAUGACAAACAAGAAAAUGACCACACCGUACUCUAAUGGAGAGGGACUUGCAGCCCUACCAUAUGCUGGUUGGAAGUUAAGUCCUAUGGUCGGAGCCAUGUACAGUCCUGAGCUUUAUACAGUUCCAGGGUUCCCGUACCCGGCUGCAGCCGCAGCAGCAGCCGCCGCUUCCACCGCAGCAACAUUUCGAGGAACACAUCUGCGGGGUCGAGCUCGGCCCGUCUACAGCGCAGUCAGGGCUGCUGUUCCACAGCCCGCCAUCCCUGCAUACCCUGGUGUGAUGGCCUAUCAGGAUGGUUUUUACGGUGCAGCUGACCUCUAUACUAGUGUUUCAGGACAUUAGUGGCAGAUUGCCCCAGGUAGGGUUUACACACUCUGUGUGACGGCCAGUGUGCAUCCUCCUCGUCUCCAAUGACUGCGUGCUGCUAGACAUUAUUGACCAUCUGAGAUUGGAUUGCCUUCUCUGUCUUCUUUUACUAACUCACUGGAUUCUGACAUGGGUGGAGUUACGGAAGGGGGAAGAAAAAAAUUGGGCUGAAAUUCCCAAAGAACAAAACGAAUCCUCCAAGUGAUAAAUCAUUUAUGAAUUGAAGUCCAGGAAGCAGGGGCGCCGUUACAGUAAUGGACUCGGAUCUUGCAGCAUAACUUGAUCAUUUCACAAGAGUACAUUUAAAGAUGCCUUUGAGUGCUGAGUGCUCGUCUCAUAACUACAAACUUCAAUGUGUUUUAUUGUUCACUGUUGUGAACUGGAGGGACGCUGAUCUUUGGGUUUCAGAUGUUUGUACAGUUGAUAACCCAACAUGUUUCCGAGGUAUAAUCCUGCCAAAAGUACUUUUACGAUAAUAUUCUUGGCUAAAUAUUUCAAGCUCUGUUUGAUUUGAUGUAAAAUAUCUGAUAAAAUGUGUAACUUUGACAAGGCCAUUCUAAUUAAAGAUGAUCAGGGAUCAGCUGAUAAUUACAUGAAACUAAUUUAAUCUAAACCCACUCAUAUAGAGAUUAAACAAGUUCCUGUCAUAUCACUGGUGUUUUUUCAAUAAAAUAGGUUUCAACUCAGAUUUAGAAAAUGAUUUUCGUUUUUGAAACACUUGAGAAGAUAAGUUAUGAGUCCCUUUUGAAGAUAUUUCCCCAUAGAUAAAAUGUAAUGUAAUCAAAGUCAGUCUGUCAGUAAGCAAUUUUCUUCCUUUUAAGAUGCAGAAAUGAAUACAAAUCAUACAAUUAUGAAGCUUUCCUUCACAUUGUUGAAAGUCUGUGGGAAAAUAAAUGUAAAAUACAUUUUCAGUUACUUUACCGUCAUCCCUUCUUUUUAUAAAUCUAAGCAGCACAUCACAGUUUGAAAGGUUAAUGACUGUGCAGUAGGUGCACCUUUACCUCUGAGGGUUUUUUUUCCAGGAUCCCUCUGUAUAUCCCCUCAGCAUGGUGCUACCACCACCAUGUUUCACUGUGAUAAAGAGUCUAUGAUGUCCUAAUCUGAUCAAAUAGGAUUCUCACUGCUCUUUUUCAAUGUUGCUGUUUUCUUUUCCCACUUUGCCACUCAACAAUAUGAAAUCUAAAUUAAACUGUUACUGCGGUUUUAUUUAGGAAAAAUUAACUUUUGUUUUUCCAUUUUUUUGCAUUGAUUAAAAACAUUUUGAAGCCACUUCUCAUUGUCCCUCUUCUUCACAAUUACUGGCUGUCAGUUAAUACUAUACAUCCAGAUAAAAGACACUGAAGCUUGUCAUGGAAAAGUGACUGUGUGAAAAAGCUCAAGGAUAAAGAUGCUUCUAAAGGCAUCUUUAUCCAUUAGUUUCUUUAAAAUAUUGACUGGUUUCUAAAUUGAGCAAAGCUCCCUCUGUCCACGAAAAGAUGUUUGUUAAAUUUGUUUAUAAUUAGCUUAGCCUUUUCUUUAUACAUAAAAAAAAUCUUUGUGCAGAAUUAGAUAAUCCCUCCUGUACAUGCAUGGAUAACCUGACCUUUGAAAUGUAACAGACUGACAGUUAUGAUUAAAUGUUAACCGUGAAGCAGAUUAUGAAGUUAUUUCACAAUACGUGAUACAAUUGUUGGGUCCAGUACCAGUGAGUCAGAGCGUCAGAUACAUCCAGAUGUCAAUGAAUUGGACUAAUAAAAACUUUGACGGGACUGUCCUGUGAAAUUAAGCAUUUUAUGAUAUAAGAAACAGUUUUUUCUUAAAUGAAGGGAAACAAGCAGCCUCCAUGUAGAAGCCUUGUUGUUCACAGAGAGGCAGUCAGAGGGAUGCGGUGUAGGACACCCAUAUCCAACAUGCAGUUGAUUCAGACCCCUUCCAGGAAUCUCCCUAUCUGUUUCACCUGUGGCAUGCUAACUGAAUCAGUGUCAGCAUGCAGAUGUACUUACAAGGCUGACUCCCCUCCUCUCCCUCUGCUUUCCAUCCUCUUAGCUCUCCUCUUUCCUUUUUUUCCUCCUCGUCCUCUUAGCUGCUUCUUUUCUUCCUCUAGCUUCUUUUAUAUCUCUCCUUUUCUGUUCUCUCCACCCUUUUCUCCACUCUGCUCUUUAUUCCUCACCUCUUCUGUUCCCUAUUAGUCCAUUCCCGUCCCCAUAGCAGCCAAUGUGUGGUCCUGAAUGCAGGGACUUGGUCAUGACUGAUUCUUUAGGGUAGAAUGCAGUGGUGUGUCUUACUGUUUUUUUAUUUUAUUUCAUAGGAUGUUUUGAUCUAAUAUGUGUUCUAUGUUUGGGAAAGCAUGCCGUGUCUGUCAAUGACUGAUUGCCGGCCACGUGAGAGUGCGUGUCUUUGCUCCUAUUUUAAUCUUUCUCCUUACACCUGUAGUUUUGUUUUUGUUAGUUUUUUUUGUUUUUUUGAGCGUCUGUUCAUGCAAACAUAAAUAAUGGCACAGUCACCUCGCCUCUCCUUUCCCUUUCUCUGACUGUGUGUUUGUGAAAGGGAAUGGCGGUUGGGCACAUUUAUGGCUUUAAGGUCUCUCUCCCUCUCUGCUUAACACAGCGGGGAAAAUGACACAUGUCGAAGGCGGCAAACGGGCCCCAAAAAAAAAAGAAAAUCGUCACACACAAUUACAGCUAUUUCUGCUGAGUUGGUCACGGAGUGAGAGAGAAACUCCGAGCCAGAGCUACAUCCUUGUGAAUGCUGUACUGCACCAGAUUAGCCAGUUCUGCUGACUGUCUGCUUGUUAAUAUUUCGCUCUUCUCAGCAGUUUUCUCUCACAAUGUAACCCUUUAGAUUCACUACUAGACGUCUGCACUGCAGAAAAAUAAAAGACAACGUAGCGAGCAUUGAACAAAUGUUUCACUUUUCCUCCUGUUCCUCCCACCUGUCCCUACAUUGUCCCUCUAUCUUCUUCUCACUCACUUUCACCCACUUUCCCUCCUCUUCAUCACCUUCCCACAGGGCGGUUAUGCAGCGUAUUGUUAUGCCCAGCCUACAGCCGUAGCGACCCCUGCAGCAGCAGCCGCUGCAGCAGCAGCAUACAGUGACAGCUAUGGACGAGUUUACACGGCAGAUCCCUACCACGCUGCACUGGCCCCAGCAGCAUAUGGUGUUGGAGCUAUGGCCACGCUCUACAGGGGAGGAUACAGUAGAUUUGCCCCUUAUUAAAAGACACUUCAUGUCCCAGGACAUCCCCUAUCCCAUUGAAUUAUUCCGAAAGAGCUCCCUCUGUUGUCCUGGAGGUGGACUGCGCCCUGUUUUUAAAGUGUGGAGUUGACCACUGCUAAGAUAUUUCAGAUCCCGCCCCAGAGCAGUCCCACUUUUCUUAUCUAAGCUUCUACAAAAAUAGAGGAAUGCUGUAUUAAAGACUAAGGGUCGCCUUUACAAUCAAAAAGAAAAA